UUGUAGGCUGAUUCUAUGGGUAAUUGCUCAUACAGGCGAUAAGAUAGAAUAUUGCUAUAUAUAGUUGAAUACAUGUAAUACCGGUGUGAUUCGAUAUUAAACAACAUCUUAUUUAUAACGAAACCGUAUAUUUAGUUCAGGUUAUGAGGAAAUACAAGUGAUCGAAAAUGAUGAAGUUUUUCAGACAAGUUGGUAUUUUGUUAUGGAAGAAUUCUUUAAUACAAAGAAGGAAAAUCUGUGCGUCGGUUGUGGAGGUGUUAUCUCCCCUUCUUCUUGUCACCAUACUGGUUCUAAUCCGUCUGACGGUACCGGAUAAUAAAAUAUAUCCUCCUAAAGUAUACGAAGCUGUUGAUCUUACAAUACAUGAAAAUUGGUUUGGUGGAUUGCUAUUCUAUUACGCACCAAAAACCCCAAUAGUCGAUGAUAUUAUGCACAAUUUUAUUACAACCCUUACUAACGAUGAUGUAAAAGGUUCCAGAAAAUACAAUGCUACUGGAUUUAUUAGUGAGGCUGACUUAUUGAAAUAUGCCACAAAUAACUCGGACUAUUUAGAAAUGGCGUUCGUGUUUGACAACAUAACUACAGAAACUAAGACUCUACCCAGAAACGUACAAUAUGCUUUAAGGCCUAAAUCUAAUAACGAUUGGAAUACAGGUUCUAAUUUUCCUGUUUUUGGAAUGCAGGAUGGAUCUUAUAGUACGAAUGAUGAAUAUAUCAGAGAAAGAUUUGUGCAUUAUCAAAGAUAUUUGGAUGCCGAGAUUAUCAAAUACUGGGUACCAACAUCUAAUUUAACAGAUUAUGACUAUUCCAUCCAACAGAUGCCUUAUCCGGCAUAUGAAAACGAUCAAACCAUAUCGUCUGUUCAGUUCAUGUUUCCUCUAAUACUGUGUUUUAGUUUUAUCGUUAGUGUCUUCAUCACAGCUAAAAAUAUCAUCUAUGAAAAGGAGAAUAAUUUGAAGGAAUCGAUGAAAAUGAUGGGCCUGACAAGUUCAGCGAAUUGGACGGCGUGGUUUUUGACAGUGUUUAUAUACCUAUUUGUAGCUGUGGUAUUUUAUACGAUGGUUAUGUUAAUACCAAUAGAGGGAAAGAGUCGUGUUCUAGCCCAUUCAGAUAUGUCGGUCAUCUUUGUGUUUCUGUUGUGUUAUGUUACUUCUAUUAUAUCAUUUUGUUUUCUAGUCAGCGUUUUCUUUGAUAGAGCAAAUCUUGGAGCUUCUGUUACUGGAAUUUUAUACUUCUUGUCCUUUGUGCCAUUUUUUGUUAUCUUUGUAAAGUACAAGAGUAUGAGCCGAAGUGAAAAACUUGGUGCAAGUAUUUUGUCGAACACAGCUAUGGGGAUUGGAGGAUAUAUCAUUGGAUUUUACGAACAGAUAGGUGAAGGUGUUCAGUGGAGCAACAUAGCUUCUCCAGCAUAUUUCCAGGACAAUUAUUGCAUGUUAGACGCCAUGUUGAUGUUGCUAGGUGACAGUGCUAUUUACCUCACAAUAAUGUGGUAUAUUGAAAAUGUUCAUCCUGGAAAACAUGGAGUCCCAAGGCCAUUGUAUUUUCCUUUUACGAGAAGUUACUGGUGUGGAACAAGCCCUGUAUACUACAAUAAAAAUAAGCAAACGCCGAAAGACUCAAAAUUCUUUGAGAAAGAACCAACUGGAUGUCAGGCUGGGAUAGUGAUAUCCGACCUUACAAAGGAGUUUAAAUCUAGAGGUGGAAAGAAGAAUAUAGCUGUUGAUAAUAUGAAUCUGAACGUGUAUCAAGGGCAGAUAACUGUGUUAUUAGGUCAUAAUGGCGCUGGUAAAACUACAACCAUGUCAAUGUUAACUGGAUUUAUUCCACCGACAUCAGGUAAAGCGACUGUAAACGGUCAUGAUAUAACAACUGAUAUAGAUGGUGUUAGAGAAAGCCUGGGAUUAUGUCCACAACAUAAUAUACUCUUUGAUACCCUAACAGUAGAUGAACAUCUAGAAUUCUUCCUAUUGCUAAAGGGAGGUAAUCGAACUAUGGUAAAACAAGAGAUACAGACUACAAUUCAAGAAAUUGGAUUAGAACCGAAACGAAAUACUCGAUCCCAGAACCUGUCUGGUGGACAGAAGAGAAAAUUAUCACUUGGCAUUGCUUUAAUUGGUGGAUCACAGACUGUUAUUUUGGACGAACCUACAUCAGGAAUGGACCCGGCAGCAAGAAGACAAACUUGGGACAUUCUACAAAGAAACCGAUCUUCAAGAACGAUUCUGCUUACAACUCAUUUUAUGGACGAGGCUGAUCUGCUAGGAGACAGAAUCGCCAUAAUGGCGGAUGGAAGAGUUCAUUGCUGUGGAGGAUCCCAUUUCCUGAAACAGCUUUACGGAAGUGGUUAUCAUUUAAUCAUGGUGAAAUCAGAAACAUGUGAUGUUAGUGUGGUGACGCAACUUGUCCAGAGUCACAUCCCAUCAGCUACCCUGGAGAGUGAGAUUAGUGCUGAGAUAUCCUACCUUUUACCCAAUGAAGCUUCUCCUAAAUUCUCUCCUCUCUUUAAAGACAUCGAGAUAAAGAAAGACGAGUUGGGUAUUAAUAGUUUUGGCACCACUGCCACCACUAUGGAGGAAGUUUUUCUCAAGGUAGGAAAUGAGGUUGAUGAUGUGGCUGACAAUGAUGAAGAUGAUAAUGCUAGACUCUACAGGUUUCAAAAUCUAAGAUACACCAACAAUGAAUUACCAGAAACAUCGUCAUCAAAUAAUAUUGACGUUGAAGAAGAUAUUCUUGCUUUUAAUCAGGGUUUAAGAAAAGUUACAGGAAUACAACUUGAGCUGCACAGGUUUUAUGGCAUGUUUAUAAAGAAAGCUAUCCAUACCUGGAGAAACAAACUAGUCACUGUAUUCCAGUUCCUGAUUCCCGUUUUAUUUACCAUUCUAGCGCUAGCUGUAUCAAUUGAUACCCCGAAUUAUUAUACAGAACAGGGUCAACAACCAUCUUUAACAUUGGACUUAAAACCAUUUAGUAGUUCUAUUACUGCUUAUGGCGAGUCGGCCAGUUCAAAUGUAACCGAUGAAUUGAGUAACAAAUAUUCGGGACUGUUUUCAGCAGGGGAGGCAACCGAACAUGUAACACAUCAACAAGCCCAAAACUUCACAAAGUAUUUCCUGGAUAUGGCCAAACAGUUAAAAACAGACGUGUAUACGAGUAGGAUGGUAAUAGGAGCCGAUUUUGUUUCAGUUAAUACAAAAACAACAUCAAUUAGAGGUUUUUAUAAUGGGAAACCAUAUCAUUCGCCUGGGAUUGCUGUUUCAUUUAUGAUGAAUGCCUUAGCUAAAGUGGUGUCUUCAGACGAUACUGUUUCCAUAACAACUCGGAAUCACCCCUUGCCUCAACCAACUUCCAAUAAUUAUGAUUAUGGUAGUGAUUCUGUUACUAACGGGUUUCUCAUUGGAUUCUGUAUGAUGUUUGGGAUGUGUUUUCUAGCCAGUAGUUUAUCAGUAUUCCUUAUUAAAGAAAGACAAGUUGGCGCUAAACAUCUACAGAAAGUCAGUGGUGUGGGACCAGUCGUUUAUUGGUUGGCUAACAUCACGUGGGAUUUUAUUAAUUACAUGAUGCCAUCUCUGCUUAUUAUUAUAGCUUUUGCCAGUUAUGGAAACGUUGAAUUUAAUUCUGGAUCAAAUCUAUCCUACGUAUUUCUGGUUCUGUUCAUGUAUGGCCUGGCUGUGAUACCAUUUAUAUACACGUUACAAUUUAUGUUUAAAACGCCACCUGGUGGAAUGGCAGCCAUUAUUAUAUUCAGCAUUUUUUCUGGGGCACUGUCAAUAAUGACCGUAUAUAUUUUAAGUUUACGACCUGAUCAACGAGAGACGGCACAGACUCUUGAUGUUCUAUUUUCAAUGUUGUUACCCCACCACAAUCUCGGAUUAUCAUUGUUAAACAUCGUCACGAAUUACAACAAUUUAGAUUAUUGCUCUGAAAAUCCAUGUGAUAAAACACAGAUGUAUAGCUCCUGUUGUCCAGAGGGUUGCCACGACUUUUGUAAAAAAUACGAAAGUAAUUACCUGUCCCUAAAUCGACCCGGUAUUGGAUUAUAUAUUCUCAUGAUGGCCGUUCAAUCUGUAUUAUAUUUCUCCAUUACUUUGUGUAUCGAAGGUCGUAUACCUCAAAGGAUUUGGUACUAUAUUAGACCCAAUCAACAGCACGCAGAAUCUAUUGUAAAUCCAGCCUACACAUAUUAUGGUGGACAACAAACUGACAGUGACGUAACAAGCGAGGCUAAUCGUGUUCAAAAUAUGGACAUGGAUCGACCUACGGAUUCCUUCAUAUUGAAUGAUCUGUAUAAAAGAUAUGGGAAUUUUGUGGCCGUGGAUCAUAUUAGUGUUGGUAUACCGGAUAAAGAAUGCUUUGGUCUCCUGGGACAAAAUGGCGCUGGUAAAACAACAACUUUUAAAAUGUUGACUGGUGAUGUAAUGGUUACCAGUGGCAACGCGUAUUUGAACUCAAACGACAUAAAAUCCAGUAUUCAAAAGGUACAAGAGAAUAUGGGCUACUGUCCACAAUUUGAUGCUCUGAUAGAUCAGAUGACUGGAGUAGAGACAUUAUAUAUGUAUGGAAGACUAAAAGGGAUACCAGAAAACCAACUAAAGGGCGUGGUUUAUAGUUUAAUUGAUAUAUUGAUGUUAAAGAAAUAUGCCAAUAAAUUAACACAAGUAUACAGUGGUGGUAAUAAACGUAAACUAAGUACAGCUAUAGCUUUAAUUGGUGAUCCGGGGUUUAUUUUACUGGAUGAACCUUCAACUGGUGUUGAUCCCAAGGCCAGACGGCAACUGUGGAAUGUUUUAUCUAAGGUUCGAGCUAGUGGGAAAACAUUGAUACUCACUUCACACAGCAUGGAGGAAUGUGAUGCUCUGUGUACAAGAGUAGCCAUCAUGGUUAAUGGAAGUUUCAAAUGUUUAGGAAGUCCACAACAUUUAAAGAAUAAAUUCGGUCAGGGCUACACCUUGAUCUGUAGAAUGAAAACCAAUGAAGAUGAUGGAGUGACGUCACCAAUUGAGCCAUUGGUGCAGUUCAUUAAAAGUAAUUUCCCAUCAGCCAUUGUGUUUGAUGAUCACCAAGGUUACGCUCAUUUCCAGAUUCCGGAUAAUAACACACCUUUAGCAGGUGUAUUUGAUGUGAUGGAAGAAUCAAAGAGUGAAUAUUCCGUAGAGGAUUAUUCUGUUCAUCAGACAACUUUAGAACAAGUAUUUCUGGCUUUUGCUGGAAAACAAAUUCCACCACAUGAAGAUAAAAUUUCUAUUUGUAAACGUAUAUGUUGUUGUUGCUAGGGAAACCAAUUGAUAUCUAAUCUAUGAUAGGUAACCGAUUGAUUGUUGAUUGGAAGUGAUCGUGUAAGCACCGUAUCGUAACUCACGUACCAUAUUGUUCAUAUAGAGGACGAAUGUUAUGAUUUUAGCGAAACGAAGAAGUUGUAAGAAUUGACGUAUUAGUUGUCAUACAAGAUAGAAAGAGAUGAUAUGUGUAUAUAUUUGUUUAUUGUUGAUACGAAUAUGUAUGCAUCGUAAUGAUACUAAUUGACAUAUUUAUUUAUUGUUGGUAAAUAUGGAUGCAUAUGUGAUUAAGUGACGGAUAUAAAUAAUUUUUGUGAAAUCCAAUUAAUUUAUUUUAAAAAUAAAUACUCAAUUGGUAUAUAAUAUAAGGCUAUUAUGGAAUGUAAUGAACGACGGUAUCAUUAACAAGUUCAUGUGACACUAUCAAUAACUUUAAACGGGCGGGGGACUCAAAGUGGUUGGUGCGUAUCUCGCACCUAAUCGUGGUCAAUGCAUAGUCAGUUCACCCAAGUACGUGUUGUCUGUGCACCCCACAUUGGGUUCAAACAAAUGUCAUGUAUAUUCAUGUUAACACCUAAUAUAGCUUAAACUUAUUAUCACCCAAAUAAUCACUUUAGUCUCAGAUGAAUCAGCAAUUAUCUAUCUAUAUUAUUGUUUUGAAAUAAAUAUAUCACAGUUGUCAGUUCUAGAAACACUAAGGAAUAAUGUUCACCAUUUAUUUAUCCGAAAUUGAUCCUCAGUCCAUGUCACAAUUUGUGUCCGAUUUUGACGAAACUUGAAAUAUAGCUCUAUUUACCAAUGACCUUGGUUCCCUUCGAUAUUGGCAUGUAUCGGAAUGUAACGUCAUGGGUUAUGGCCCUUAAUUGUGCGAGAAAUCACAUGUUUAGCUUGCGGGCACUGUAGGAGUCACAAUUGUUAUCCGAUUUGAAAAAUCGAAACGAAACUGCCGGUUCUCGUGCGCAAAUAGUGUAAAAGUAUGUAAUACCAAGGUCGUUGACCCUCUAGAGGUUACAAUUUUGAUCCGACUUUGAUGAAACUUCCAUUAUAUGUUUAUAUUUACACCCCAAAGAUCUUGGUUCCUUUAGAUAUUGUACAUGUCGGACCGUAUCAUCCUGGAUUAUGGGCCCUGACUGUAAGGAAAAUGGCUUUUGUUAGCUUGUUCUCUGUUCAUCACUUGCUUAAUGUGGGCGUAUUUUGCAACAAUUUAUUAGUUAAUAGUAAAGCUAUUUAUUGUACACUAUCUUGGAAUAAAGUCACAUUUAAUUAUUUUCAGA